AGGAGGAGGAGGAGGAGGAGGAGGAGCAGCAGCAGCAGCAGCAGCAGCAGCAGCAGCAGCAGCAGCAGCAGCAGCAGCAGCGGAGGCGGCGGCGGCGGUGGCGGCGGCGGCGGCGGCGGCAGCGGCAGCAGCAGAGGCAGAGGCGGCGGCAGGAAUCUCUUGGGCUGCCUGGCUGGGAACGAGGGAAGGCAGGGAGGCAGGCUGAGGGCGACCCCAUCUCUCCCGCGCCCCCAGCACCCACCCUGUUUCAGCCCUCUGGAAGGAAGCCAGUUGAGGAAAACUCUCCAUGAAUGUACGUCACAAUGAUGAUGACCGACCAAAUCCCUCUGGAACUGCCGCCAUUGCUGAGUGGAGAGGUAGCCAUGAUGCCUCAUCUAGUGAAUGGAGAUGGAGCUCAGCAGGUCAUUCUGGUUCAAGUUAAUCCAGGAGAAAGUUUUACAAUCAGGGCUGAGGAUGGAACACUUCAGUGCAUUCAAGGACCUGCUGAAGUUCCCAUGAUGUCACCCAAUGGAUCCAUUCCCCCCAUCCAUGUGCCCCCAGGAUACAUAUCACAGGUAAUUGAAGACAACACGGGAGUCCGGCGAGUGGUGGUCACGCCCCAGUCCCCCGAAUGUUACCCCCCAAGCUACCCCUCGGCCAUCUCUCCCACCCACCACUUACCUCCGUACCUCGCCCAUCACCCUCAUUUUAUCCAUAACUCGCACACGGCGUUCUAUCCCCCUGUCACCGGACCUGGAGACAUGCCACCUGGGUUUUUCCCUCAGCACCAUCUUCCCCCCACACUCUACGGAGAGCAAGAAAUCAUACCACUAUAUGGAAUGUCCAGCUACAUUACAAGAGAAGACCAGUACAGUAAGCCCCAGCACAAAAAACUGAAGGAACGCCAGACCGACCGCCAAAACCGUCUCAACAGCCCCCCUUCCUCUCUCUACAAAAGCCAUCUGAGCAACUGCACAACUGUGUACAAUGGUUACGGCAAAGGUCACAACGCAGGCAGCAGCGGGGGUGGAGGAGGCGGCGGUGGGGGGGGUCCCGGCAUCAAGAAGACUGAAAGACGAGCGAGAAGCAGCCCCAAGUCCAACGAUUGUGACUCACAAGAGUAUGACUCGGAAGCAAAGAGGGUUCAAGACAUUCUUUCAGGAAUUGAGAAACCACAGGUUUCUAAUGUCCAGGCAAGGACAGUUCUGCUUACAUGGUCCCCUCCCACUGGCCUUUCAAGUGGAGAUAGACCCCACAACAGCCCACCCUACCCCUACAGCUAUGAAGUGGCCUUAUCAGACAAAGGGAGGGAUGGAAAGUACAAAAUAAUUUACAGUGGAGAAGAAUUAGAAUGUAGCCUGAAAGACCUUAGGCCAGCCACAGAUUACCAUGUCAGGGUAUAUGCUAUGUACAAUUCAGUAAAGGGAUCGUGCUCGGAACCCGUUAGUUUCACCACUCACAGCUGCGCCCCCGAGAGUCCCUACCCUCCCAAGCUGUCCCAUCGGACCAAAAGUUCCCUCACCUUACAGUGGAAGGCACCUAUAGACAACGGUUCAAAAGUCACCAGCUACCUUUUAGAAUGGGAUGAGGGAAAAAGGAACAGUGGCUUCAGAGAAUGUUAUUUUGGGAGCCAGAAACAUUGCAAGUUGACCAAGCUUUGUCCAGCAAUGGGAUACACAUUCAGGCUGGCAGCUCGAAAUGACAUCGGCACCAGUGGCUACAGCCAAGAGAUGGUGUACUACACCUCGGGGAACAUCCCUCAGACGCCCUGCGCCCCGAGACUCGUGCGAGCUGGGGUCACGUGGAUCACACUGCAGUGGAAUAAGCCGGAAGGCUGCACGGCCGAGGAGGUGAUCACCUACACCUUGGAAAUCCAGGAGGAAGACCACGAUAGCCUUUUCCACUCAAGAUACACUGGAGAGGAUGCUACCUGCACUGUGAAGAAUCUGAAGAGAAGCACACAGUAUAAAUUCAGGUUAAUUGCUUCUAAUGUGGAAGGAAGAAGCUUUCCAAGUGAAGUUUUGGUUUGUACAACUAGUCCUGACAGGCCAGGACCCCCGACUCGACCCUUUAUUAAGGGGCUCAUCACACCUUAUGGCUUCAGUGUGAAAUGGGACCCUCCUAAGGAUAAUGGUGGUUCCGAAAUCCUGAAGUACUUAUUGGAGAUCUCGGAGGGUCAUUCAGAAGCGAACCAAUGGGAUGUGGCGUAUAGUGGCUCCGCCACAGAAUAUACCUUUACUCACUUGAAGCCGGGCACUUUGUAUAAACUCCGGGCAUGCUGCAUCAGCACUGGUGGACACAGUCAGUGUUCCGACAGCCUCCCCGUCCGCACGCUUAGUGUUGCACCGGGGCAGUGUCGGCCCCCGAGGGUCUUGGGGAAAGCAAAGCACAAAGAAAUCCAUCUACAGUGGGAUGUUCCUUCAUCAGAAAGUGGCUGUGAGGUCUCUGAGUACAGCGUAGAGAUGACUGAACCCAAAGAGGCUGCCUCUGAGGUGUAUCACGGGCCUGAUCUCGAGUGUACGGUUGGAAAUCUUCUCCCUGGAACUACCUACCAUUUCAGGGUGAGAGCCUUGAAUGACGGAGGGUACGGGCCUUAUUCGGAGACAUCAGAAAUCACCACCGCAGCGGGGCCGCCUGGGCAAUGCCGAGCACCUUGUAUUUCCUUUACACCUGAUUCAGGUGUUCUAGUAAGUUGGGAGAGCCCCAAAAUCUCUGGUGCUGAUAUUUCAGAAUAUAGAUUGGAAUGGGGAGAAGAUGAAGAAUCCCUAGAACCCGUGUAUCAUGGGACAGAGACCAGUUUUGAAAUAAAGGAACUGUUGCCUGCCGCACAUUAUUGCUGUAGACUACAGGCUAGCAAUCAAGCGGGAGCAGGACCCUACAGCGACCUUGUCUCCUGUCGGACACCAGCAUCAGCUCCGGAUGCUAUCUCCACUCUCUACGUCCUGGAGGAAGAGACCUUCGGUGCCUACCCAACAUCACCUUCUGUGUGCCUUGUAUUGAACUGGGAAGAGCCGUGCAAUAAUGGAUCAGAAAUCAUUGCUUACAACAUUGAUCUGGGAGAGAAUAGCAUUACAGUGACUGACGCCACAAGCUACGUGAUUAAGGACCUCCUUCCGGAAACCUCCUACCGGAUCAGAAUUCAGGCGGUCAAUGAGAUCGGGGCCGGACCAUUUAGUCACUCCAUUAAGGCCAAAACGAGGCCAUUGCCGCCCUCCCCUCCCCGGUUAGAAUGUGCAGCUGCGGGGCCGCAGAGCCUGAAGCUGAAGUGGGGGGACUCCAACUCCAAGAUGCACCCGGCGGAUGACAUGGUGUACACGCUCCAGCUGGAAGACAGAAACAAGAGGUAGGCUCGAAGCCGGGCGCCGGCCAUGGUCGGCUUGGCUACCGCCUGCCUCUUGGGCGUCUUUUCAAAAUGCCCGUUUUAUUCCAGGGCCAUGUUUCUCUUUACCAUUUCCUCUGCGAUCUCUGUACGCACAUCGCUCUAUAAAGCAUGCAAGUCCCUAGGGAGAAGCCUCUCUAUAGAUAGGACUGUUCGAAAGUUUGCAUGCCUCAAUUUAAACACCCACAAAAAAUGUAUUGGGUGACUGUGGCACGGAAAGCGCCGUCUUUGGCAUUGAGAAGGACAUAGGAUGCCCCAGCCGUGACGGCAGCCUCUUAGCAAUGAGCAGCUUGGGAAGCCCUC